UCCCAGAACACUGUAGGGAUGUUUUUUACUCUUUUGAUAAUGAUCUGGGCAGUUUUCAGUGGUACAGUGAUAGAUGAAUAUUCCAGAUAACCUUACAUAUUCAUGAAAGAAUUCAAUCUUUAAUCUACUGAUUAUUGAAGUAAUAUUGCAGCAUGGUCGCAGAAAUAUUCCUGAAAUGUAAUGUUAAGGUAACAUUAAACAUUCUUAACCCUUUAAAGCUCUAUUUGUGGAAUGUUCUGAGAACCAAAAACUAAUAUUUCUUAGAGCCAGUACCAAAAAAAUAAAAAUGUUAGGGCUAAUUGAGAUGAGGAUUUGAAGAAUCCUACCCUCGUUUGAGAGUUCUUUUUAAUCAAUAUUAUUUUUAUGGCUCCUUAGUAUUGUUGUUCUUUUGGAUUUCAAUGGUUUUGAUACUGUUCCAUGAUUUUAUGCCCUUUCAAAUGGUACGCCUUUUUACCUUAUUUAGCCAUAUAUUCAUAUUUUUCUCUAAGAGUGUAUGAUAUCUCCUCUUAUCCAUGUUUGUAUUUUACCUGUCUGGCAGACAACAUUUCUUAGAUAAUUUCCAAGUUAUAUAGAUAUGUAUAUCUAUCCAAAAAGCAGACAUAUUCCAGUGUAUACCUUAGAUAUCCACCAAUGAUUGUGGCCCUCAUGCAUUUUUGGUCAUUUUAUCAGUCAUCAUGUUCUUCAUUAUCACGUCUCUGGACUACUGUUAUCUGCCUUUUACACUUGUUUGCAUUUCAGCUGUCUGGGAGAACAUAUUUCAAGGUAGAUUCCAAUCAUUUCCAGAAAAACAAGAAUUGGCAGAAUGGCAGCUAGUGAGCAACAGCUGGCAAUUUAUAAACCAACAACCACAAUUACAUCAAUCAAGGGAGGCUUGCAGGAAGGGAAGCGUGUUAUCAUAAUUGGACGGAGUUUGCCAGAUGCUAACAGAUUACAUGUGAACCUUCAGUGCGGUUCUGAUUCUGAUGCUGAUAUUGCUCUGCACAUAAACCCGCGCUAUGAGAACGACAGUGCACAUGUAAUGUACAACACCUACAAGAACGGUACAUGGGGCUCUGAACAAUCCACGCCUGACUCUCCUUUCUUCAAAGACAAACUGUUCGCCAUCGAGAUCCUUGUCACCAAGGAGGCAUACAAGAUAAGUGCUAAUGGGAAACACUUAAAGGACUAUGAACACCAUAUUCCAAUCACUCAAGUGAACACCAUCUCAGUGGACCAAAACAUCGAGCUGGAGUUCAUUGGCUACCAGAAUUCUGUGCCACCAUACAAAAAAGAACUGAUCAAUGGACUAAAGCCUGACAAAAGCAUUGUCAUUUAUGGAAUUCCCAACCCUGACUGUAAAAGCAUAGCGAUUAAUCUGCGCCACAGAUAUGGGGUUGCAUUUCACUACCAAUGCCGUUUUGAGGAGAAUGCAGUUGUCCGCAAUACCCAUGAAAAUGGGAGUUGGGGGCUAGAAGAAAAGAGUGAAGGCAUACCUUUUAUACAAGGCAAAUUCUUUCAGGCCAAAAUCUCCUGCAAAGCAGAGCAGUACGAUGUGUCAGUGAAUGGAUCAAAUAUCAACCUUAAGGAUGGUUCUCAUCCCGCUGUUAGAACUGCUCUGUGCAUUAGCCCACACUUUGAGAAUGACCACCCACAUAUAGUGUACAAGACCUUCCAAAACGAUAGAUGGGACUCCGAUCAACCCACUUCUAAGUCUCCUCUCCUCCGAGGUCAACUGUUCACCAUCAAGAUCCUUGUCACCACACAGGCAUAUAAGAUAAGUGCCAAUGGGGAAGACUUAAUGAUCUAUAAUCACCAUAUUCCAUUCACUCAAAUGAACACCAUCUUAGUGGAGGGAAUGGAGCUGGAUUUCAUUGGCCAUCUGAAUCUUGCGGUGACAUCGUACAAAAAAGAAGUGGUUGAUGGACUAAAGCCUGGCAAAAUCAUUGUCAUUUAUGGAAUUGUUAACUCCGACUGUAAAAGGAUGGAGAUUAAUCUGCGCCACAGAUAUGGGGUUGCAUUUCACUACCUAUGCUGUUUUGAGGAGAAUGCAGUUGUCCGCAAUACCUGGCAGGACGGGGUUUGGGGGGCAGAAGAAAAGAGUCAAGACAUCCCUUUUAAAAAUGGAGAGUUCUUUGAG